AUGAGCUGCACGCCAGGCGCUAGCACCGAACGAAGCGAUCCGCGAGCUCGAGAUCGUACGUGGCCUGAGGCGAUCUGUGAAGUGUUGAAGACCAACUCCACACUCACCAGCAUCAACCUCGAAAGCAACCACAUCGGCGAUGAGGGUGUGGAGGCGAUUAGCAAAGCGCUCAAGACCAACUCAACCCUCACCAGCAUCAACCUCGCAUGGAACCGCAUCGGCGAGGUAGGUGUCAAGGCGAUCUGCGAAGCGUUGAAGCGCAACUCCACACUCACCAGCAUCAACCUCGAAAGCAACCGCAUCGGCGUGGAGGGUGCCAAGGCGAUUGGCGAAGCGUUGAAGACGAACUCCACGCUCGCCAGCAUCAUCCUCGAAAAUAACAACAUCGGCGGUGAGGGUGGUAAGGCGCUUGCCGAGGCUCUGAACAGCAACACAACAGUUUGCGAAAUUGAGCUCGACCGAAACAAGAUCCCCGGCGAGUGCGCGCAGGCCCUCGGCCAAGCUACCGGGGGAAGGUUGAGCUUUUGGCGAUCUCCGCCAGAACCCCGGUGA